AUGGUCUACGUGCGCCAGCGCAACCUCCCGGCCCUGAAAGAGUACAAGUACUCUGCCGUGGACCGGUCUCUCGUCUCCAAAUACGUCUUGAAGCCCUUCUAUACCAACUUCGUCAUCAAGUGCUUCCCGAUGAGCAUGGCGCCGAACCUCAUCACCUUGACUGGCUUCAGCUUCGUCGUCCUCAACUUCCUGACGAUGCUGUGGUAUAACCCGACGCUGGACCAGGACUGCCCGAGCUGGGUGUACUACAGCUGGGCCAUUGGCUUGCUGCUCUACCAGACAUUCGACGCCGUCGAUGGUGCGCAAGCGCGACGAACCAAGCAAUCCGGACCCCUCGGCGAGCUCUUCGACCACGGCGUCGAUGCCCUCAACACGACUCUCGAGGUUCUCAUCUUUGCCGCUUCCCAGAACAUGGGUCAAACAUGGAAGACUGUGGCUACUCUCUUUGCCUCUCUCCUUACCUUUUACGUCCAGACCUGGGACGAGUACCACACCAAGACUCUGACCCUCGGCAUCGUCAAUGGGCCCGUUGAAGGCGUCCUGAUUGUUGCCGCCGUCUUCGCCCUGACUGGCUAUCUGGGAGGUGCGCACAUCUGGCAGCAGAGCGCUUUCCGCGCCCUUGGCGUUCCCGCGUCUCUGGGCAUUCCCGACUUCAUCUAUGAUCUCACCUUUACCGAAUGGUACAUGGUUCAGGGCACCAUUGUCCUCGUCUUCAACACCGUCGAGUCGUCCGUUAACGUCAUCCGAGCCCGACGUGCCCGCGGAGACCGGUCCAGGGGCGCCCUCCUUGGCCUUGUGCCUUUCUUCUCCGUCUGGGCGCUCAUCGUCACGUACCUCUACCUGCAGCCCAACAUUCUGCACCACCAUCUGAUUCCCUUUGCCCUCUUCGCUGGCCUUGUCAAUGCCUACAGCGUCGGGCAGAUGAUCACGGCGCACCUCACCAAGAUGCCCUUCCCCUACUGGAACGUCCUCGGCUUGCUCCUUGGCUUUGGCGUCGCUGAUUCCAUUGGCCCGGUUUUGCUGGCCAACUAUGGCGUCGGGUGGCCUAGCUCGCUCGGCGACGGCGUGUACCAGACGGCCUUUGUGUUCCUCAUGCUUGGCACGGCUCUUGGUGUGUACGGAAGCUUUGUUGUGGACGUCAUUGUUACCAUUUGCGACUAUCUCGACAUCUGGUGCUUGACGAUCAAGCAUCCUCACGACGAGGCAGCUGCGGCGAAGCCCAAUGGCAUCAAGAGCCACUAA